UAUCUACAGUUAUUUAAAACUUAAAGAAAGAACCACGUAGUUUACUUACAAACUUUUUGCUUUUGGCAAAGGAAAUUAUAUUCUCGUUUAAAAAUGCAUUCAUUAUUUAUUAUUUCUAUUUGCGUUAAUUGUUAUUUAGUGUCUUUAAGUGAGUAUGCUGAUGCAAUUAGAAAUGAAGAAUUUAAUGGUGACACCAAUCCUAUAUUUGUAGGAAAUAUUGAUGUCUAUGACGUUGAACAAUCAACAGUCCGUCUAGUGAUUCCUAUAAACAAGAAAGAAUACGUGAAAACUAAUUAUUUAGUUUCAUUUGAUAAUAAAAGUACGCAUGUGAUUCAAGAUAUCAAAGACAUAAUUUACCUACAAGUUUUCGAUUCUUUAGUUAUGUUUAUUUCUGGUCUUUCUCCAAGUACAACAUUUCAAUUUUGCGUUGUUGAUAAAAGUAGAGGUAUUUUUUUCAAAAGCCAAAAAGUAACUACAAAAAAAGCUUCACAAAAACCAGAAAUACCAGAUGAAAGUAUGUUUUAUGUUACAUUUGUAGAGAAUGAAUUUAUUUUUACAACGAAAUAUCAUUUACACUGGCAAAACACAGAAGUAUGGUAUAGAGUCGUUUUAGUUGAAGUUAAUAAAAAGAAUGAGAUUAAUAUUGGAAAAACGGAUUUAGAUGAAACAAUUAAUUCUAUUCAUUUUCGUAAAAUUCUUAGUGGGCAUAGUUAUAAAUUUAAAGUUAGAGCUUGCAAUGAAUAUGGAUGUUCAAAUCAAAUGGUGUCAAAAAAUUACGUUGCAGGCAGUUUUACGCAGGGGAUUAAAGUUUUAUCUGUUACGAAAACAACAUGUACUAUUUCAUGGAAAAGCAAAUGGCCGAAUAAUUAUAAUUAUUUCAUUCAAAUUAUUGACAAAGGGGACCGAAAUAUUAAAAAACCUCGAAUAAAUAAGUUGUAUUUUGUAGAUUCAAUUAUAAUUGAUAGACUUCAUCCUGGAAAUAUUUAUUCAAUUUCUGUUUCUAAGGAAAAUUUACAGGAAUCGCCGUACGAAGAAAUAGAAUGCUUAACACCGCCUGUGGAAAGAAAACCUGAUAAUGCAAAUAUAACUUCAUUUACUAUUUCAUUUGAUUAUGGAAUUGCAAAAAUAGAGUUAAAUGAUAAUUCUAUUUUCGAAAACUGUGCACAAUAUUACAGAGUCUGUAUUUCCAAAAAUGAAAUUUAUGACUCUGGGAUUGAAUGUGAUGUAAUAACAUGCAAGAAGCACGAAAUCGGACCUUACUAUUUUGAUGUGGGAAGUUAUUAUGUCACAAUUAAGGCUUGUAAUGCAAUUGGAUGCUCUAAAGAAGUUAGGAGCAGGGAUCACGAAAUAGUUAAGCGAAAAGAACCUGAACCUCUAUCUUAUAAAGUAUUAGACACCAAGGAAAAAUCGUGCACAAUUCAGUGGAUAAAGCAACAACCGAAUAUUUCCAUCAUUCGCGAAGAAACUAUUUUAAUUUCAGAUAGUUUUCCUUAUGGAGAUUAUAAAAUUUAUUUUAUCGUUAUUGGUUUUGAUGAUAAUGUUCUGAACAUUCAUACAGCUAAAGAUGCAUGCAUCGCUCAACAUUCCAAAUUCCUACCGGCUGUACCAAAAGAAAAUGAAUUUGACAUUUUAUUAGCUAAAGAUGUAGCUACUGUCAAAAUGCACAAUGAUACUAAUAUAAACUGUGAGAUAGAGUAUAAAAUUAGAUUAUGGUUAGCAAUACCUCCGUACAGAGAAAGACAACAAGUUUCUUUGCUCUGUUAUGAUGAGCACGUAAAUAUAAAAUUAUUUUUCAUCUCUGAUUUCAAUUUCAAAAUUAGGGCUUGUAAUGAUAAAGGAUGUUCUUCAGCUAUGACUAGUAGUCUAUACACAACUUACAAACAGACAAGCGAACUUAUUGGACCAAAAGGUCCACUCCAAGUAUUACACGUUACUGACAAAACAUGCAAAAUUCAAUGGACCAAACCUACAAAUAAUACCGAAAAUGUACAAUAUCACAUUAAAUACUAUAUAGAAGGUAAUUCACUUCCUGAAACUGUCAAAAAUUUUGUUACAUCAUCAUCUGAACCAUCUACAAUGAUGGAUGAACUUGAACCUAGAAGUAAAUACAAUGUUAUAGUUGGUAUUGUUAAGAAUGAGAAAAUGUCUUUUGAAGUAGUCCACGGAAAAUGCUACACUCAAAAUUUGAGGGACUGGAAUGAUGCACAGAAAAGAAAUAUUAGUGUUUAUGCUAUUAAAAAAUCUAGAGUCCAAUUUAUGAUACCUUUGAAUAGGAAUGAAUACAAACAAAGUGAAAUAAUAGUUUAUGUUAAAGAAGGAAACAAAACUUUCACAUCUACUGCUACCAAUGAUUUUAAUUUUAAUGAAUUAGCAAAAUAUGUAUUUCUAGAUGUACAUCGUCUUCAACCAGGUACUACCUACAGAUUCCGAAUUGUUGAGAAAAGUAGAGGUCUUUAUUUUGAGAGCAAACAUGUCAGAACGUUAGACAAAACUUUGGAACUUUCGGAAAGUAUUAAAAUUUAUAAAGUCGAACUAUAUUCAAUCUGGUUAACGAUUCCAGUAAAAAAUAAUGAAUACGUAGAAACAAAUUUUGGAGUUAAUAUAAAAAAAGAGGAUAAUUCUAAAAUUAUGCGCGCACAUAGAGUUGUUUACGUGCAAGCUGAAAAUACUUUAGUUAUGAUUGUUUUUGAACUUUCUCCAAAUACAACAUAUGAAUUCGAAGUUGUUCAAAAUAAUAAAAACGUUGUUUACAAGAGCACAAAAGUUACAACAUUUUCAGGCGUGCCUGACAAACCAAAAGAAAAUAGGUUUUAUAUUUCAUUUGAGAAGAAUGAAGCAAUUUUAACGAGGAAAGAGCAUUAUCAUUGGCAAGACACGAGGAUAUGGUACCGUAUCCAGCUUCUUGAAGUAGAUGGAAAUACUGAAAAUCUUAUUGAAGCAACAGUCUUAGAUGCAAAUGCUAAUUCUAAUCAUUUCACUAAUCUCACACAAGGACAUAAAUAUAAAUUUAGAAUUGAGGCUUGUAAUAGAACAGGCAUUUCUGAAUCUAUAGUUACUAGAGAAUAUACAGCAGGCAACUAUGAAAGACCAAUUGAGGUUUUAAAUUUUACUGACACAACAUGCACAAUCCUGUGGAAGAAACCAGAAAAUGCGGCCAAAGAUAUGAUUAACUUUAUACAUGUUACCGAUAAGGGCGGCAGAGAUAUUAUAAUAAAUUAUCCGUUCGCUUCUCCUGGAAUACCUUUUAAAAUUUAUAACCUUUAUCCUGGAAACGAAUAUGCCUUUGCCGUUUCUACAAUAGAGGCAAUGCGUUCACCGUUCGUUGAAACAGAUUGUAGAACUACGCCCGUAAAGGUUAACCCCAGAAAACCUGAAGCGAAUUCUUUUAAUAUAUCAUUUUACUAUGGAGUUGUUCAAAUACAGUUCAUUAACUACUCAAUAUACCAAGAUUGUGAAAAAGUAUACAAUGUUUUUAUUCACAAGAAAGAAGGAGAUAUUUCAGUAGUAUAUGAUCGAAUAACAUGCAGAAAUUAUAAAGUUGGUCCUUAUUAUUUCGAACCAGGAACAUAUUUCAUUAUGAUCCAGUCCUGCCAUACAAGUUCAGAAUGUUCUGAAUUCAUAAGAAGCAGAGAAUAUACUAUAGUAAAAAUGAAAGAGCCAACACCAUUAUUCUACAGAGUAUUAGAAACCACGGAGGAUUCAUGCACAAUCCAGUGGAUGAAAACAAGGAAUAUGUCAGACAUUCACUACGAAACUAUUUGGUUUUCUAAGAACUCUAUCAAUGAUGGAUAUAAAAUUAAUUUCAUUGUCAUUGGUACUGACAAUCAACCUUUUAAUAUCCAUACUGCUAAGGAUGCAUGCAUCGCUCAUCAUCUAAUAGUCAUACCUGGUAAACCAAAAGAAAGUGAUUUCGAUAUAAUGUUGCACAGUGUGGAUACUUCAUUUCUAAAGCGACAAAAUAUUGCCACUAUCAAGUUGCACAAUAAUACUGAUAAUAAUUGUGAAUUAUGGUACACAAUUAAAAUGUGUAUUUUUUCAAGUACUUGUUUCGAUGAGAAAAUUCUGAGUUGUAAUAAACAUUUAGACAUCGCAGAUAUUUCUAAACCUGAAUUUUUCCACUUCAUAAUUGCUGCUUGUAAUGAAAUUGGAUGUUCUCAACCAAUGAAUACUAAACUGUAUAUAGGUUACAAUCCCUCAGAUGAACUUCAUGGACCAGAAGGGCCGAUUCAAAUUUUGAAUUAUACAAAUACUUCAUGUACAAUCGAAUGGGAAUUACCUAAAUACAGUACUAGCUAUCAGAAAUACGAUAAUGUAAAUAGGGGUACAUCCCACUUUGUAAUGUACUAUAUACAUUUUUAUAUCGAACAUGCAUCAUCUUCUGAACAUUUCAAAAUAUAUCAGUUUCCUGUGUCCACUAAUAAACCAUCCUAUACUCUUAAGGAACUCAGUCCUGGAAGUAAUUAUAAUAUUAUUGUUGGUGUUCUUAAAGAUUAUAACAAAUCUACAAAAAGUAUUUUGACGGAAUGCCACACAUUGUUUUCUUAAGAUAUUUUAUCUCUCUGGAUUUCCUAUUCGAAUUCAGAUUUUUGUGUUUAAGGACAUGUUUGUUUAAUGACAUUGACAUGUUCCUCGUGUUUUUAAUUCUGUUUCUUUUAAAAUUUUACUAUUAGCAAAAUAAGCCUAUAAGAUACUGUAAGCAACAGCUCUUUAAAACGUAUAAUAAUCAAAUAAAUAAAAU